UUAUCUUCGAUUCCGUUCCGUUCCGUUCAACCACUCCUUCUUCUUCUUCUUCAACAAUCAAUGGCCUCCCUUUCCCUUCUUCUCACCCUGUUACUGCUCUCGGUGUCUUUUUCGGACAGCAGGAAAGAAUUAAGGAAAAAUCAGGAAAAUGCAGUAGAGCUGUUAAACCACUCAAUUUACUAUUUCAACAGAAUUGACCCAUCACGUGUUGUCCAAAUCUCAUGGCAACCAAGGGUCUUUCUAUACAAAGAUUUUUUGUCAGAUAAGGAGUGUGACUACCUUAUUUCUCUGGCACAUGCUGUGAAAGAAAAAACCUCAGGGAAUGAUGGCCAUUCAGAGGAGGUUGAAACUUCAUUGGAUAAAGAAGAUGAUAUUGUUGCAAGGAUUGAAGAAAGAAUUUCAGUUUGGACUUUCCUUCCUAAAGAGAACAGCAGGCCUUUGCAGAUCAUGCAUUAUGGGCUUGAACAGGAUGGGCAGAACUUAGAUUAUUUUAGAAACAAAACCAAAUUGGAAUUAAGUGGACCUUUAAUGGCAACAGUUGUUCUAUAUCUCUCAAAUGCUACUCAAGGGGGUCAAAUUCUCUUUCCUGAAUCUGAGCCCAAGAGUAGCAGCUGGUGGUCAAAUUGUAAGAAAAGUAGUAAGAUUCUCCAACCAGUUAAAGGGAAUGCAAUUCUGUUUUUCUCUCUUCACCUAAAUGCAUCUCCUGAUAAGAGUAGUCUCCAUGCUAGAUGCCCUGUCCUUAAGGGUGAUAUGUGGUCUGCAAUUAAAUUCUUCUAUGCAAGAUCAAUUAGUGAAGGGAAGGUCUCAACCAUAACAGAUAGUAGUGAAUGUACUGAUGAGGAUGACAAUUGUCCUGCUUGGGCAGCCAUGGGAGAAUGUCAAAGAAAUCCUGUGUACAUGAUUGGGUCUCCUGAUUAUUAUGGUACAUGUAGGAAAACUUGUCAUGCAUGCUGAUCAGAAGUUCAUUAUCAAUUUUCUGCUUUUUGAGGAAUACA